CCUCCCGGAUUCAAGCGAUUCUCCUACCUCAGCCUCCCUAGUAGCUGAGAUUACAGGCGCCCGCCAGCACGUCCAGCUAAUUUUUGUAUUUUUGGUAGAGAUGGGGUUUCACCAUGUUGGCCAGGCUGGUCUCGAACUCCUGACCUAGGUGAUCCGCCCGCCUCGGCCUCCCAAACCGCUGGGAUUACAGGCGUGAGCCACUGCGCCCGGCCGUGUGAGUGAAUAUUACUUGAAAAUUAAGUUGAGCCCCUCAUCCCUGCUGAAUUUGGACUGACAGCGUUCUAAAAAUCUCUUACCAACCUAAAUAUGCUAGUUGAUAAAGGAAACGAUUGAUCAAGAUUGUCCUAAACAGUACAACCCUCCUUAAGCUCGCUCUAAGGUUCUAAAACGAUCAGAAAAGGCACGGGCCCCCGCGGUCAGACUUUCCCAGCCAGGCUAUCUCAAGAGGCGGAUAUUAACCUCUCAGGACGGAAGUUCCGGAGCCUUCAAACUCUCGGGGAAGCAGCUCGGCAGCGGACCAAGAUGGCGGCGCCCAGUGAGGGACCAGCGUUUGCCGUAGGGGUUGAAAAGAAUUGGGGUGCAGUAGUUCGCUUCCCAGAAGGGACCCCCCAGAAAAUCCGGCAGCUGAUAGAUGAGGGGAUUGCCCCGGAAGAGGGAGGCGUGGACGCGAAGGACACGUCUGCCACAUCCCAGUCAGUUAAUGGAUCACCCGAAGCGCAACAGCCUUCAUUGGAAUCUACAAGCAAAGAAGCCUUCUUUAGCAGAGUGGAAACGUUUUCUUCUUUGAAAUGGGCAGGUAAGCCCCCUGAGCUGUCUCCACUCGUCUGUGCAAAAUAUGGCUGGGUCACAGUGGAAUGUGAUAUGCUCAAGUGCUCUAGCUGUCAAGCUUUUCUCUGUGCCAGUUUACAACCAGCUUUUGACUUUGACAGAUAUAAGCAACGAUGUGCUGAGCUGAAGAAAGCCUUGUGUACUGCCCAUGAGAAGUUCUGUUUCUGGCCAGACAGCCCAUCCCCAGACCGAUUUGGGAUGUUGCCCCUGGAUGAGCCUGCUAUUCUUGUUAGUGAAUUCCUAGAUCGUUUUCAAAGCCUUUGUCACUUGGACCUCCAGCUUCCUUCCCUAAGGCCGGAGGACUUGAAAACUAUGUGCUUGACAGAAGACAAGAUCAGUCUUCUCCUACACCUGCUUGAAGAUGAACUUCAUCACCGAACUGAUGAGAGAAAAACUACAACCAAAUUAGGCUCAGACAUCCAAGUCCACAUCACUGCCUGUAUUCUCUCUGUGUGUGGCUGGGCGUGUAGUUCCUCUUUGGAACCCAUGCAGCUCUCCCUGAUAACAUGUUCGCAGUGUAUGAGGAAGGUGGGGCUCUGGGGCUUCCAGCAGAUUGAAUCGUCCAUGACUGACCUGGAUGCAUCCUUUGGCCUGACCAGCUCCACCAUCCCAGGCCUUGAGGGGCGACCAGAGCGCUUACCUCUGGUGCCUGAAUCUCCUCGGAGGAUGAUGACCCGGAGCCAGGAUGCCACUUUCUCCCCAGGCUCAGAGCAGGCUGAAAAGAGCCCUGGUCCCAUUGUCUCUCGAACUCGGAGCUGGGACUCUUCCAGUCCUGUUGACCGUUCUGAGCCAGAGGCUGCUAGCCCCACCACCAGAACUCGCCCAGUGACCCGAAGCAUGGGAACAGGAGACACCCCUGGCCCGGAGGUACCAUCUAGCCCUCUGCGGAAAGCCAAGCGAGCUCGCCUCUGCUCCUCCAGCAGUUCGAGUCUCUCUGAGAAAUCAAGGAAAGUAUUCCGAAUAUUUCGGCAGUGGGAAUCUCUGUGCUCAUGCUGAAGAUAUUCCAGCGCCUUCCUGGAGAUAACUGGAAUGAGAGUGACUUUUUGAAAAAUUAAGGCUGAGUUCCUUUUGGUCAGCUGACGCUAAGUUUUUCCUGUUCUGGGUUCAUCAUAAGGAGCCCCCUGCCGUAGCAAAGGCAGUGAGUGUCAACUAUCUGCAUCUGGCUGAGGGAGAUCCAUUUCCUUUCAGGGAUGUGGACAGGGUAAGGGCAGCAAGCAUGGUUCUGUUUAAGGAGUGCGGGGUUAACAGACUAGAAGGAAGACUAAGGACCUGACCACCCAUUUCAGCAUCUUCAAUGUGGAGCAGUGUUCUGAGGACUCUUCUGUCCCGGGACUGUGACAGUGUGUAUUAAUAAAAUAUUUGCUAAGA